UUACUCUUUUUCUGUUUUCUAAACAGACGAAUUUUUCAAAAGUUUUUCGUCUUCCAUUAAAAGUAAACACAAAUAAAUCAAUUUUAUAAUAAAAACAAUCAGAAAAAUGGAUUUAUUGAAUUCAAUUUUAAACUCAAUGGAUAAACCGCCUGCGGUGAAUGAAAAAGACCGAGAACUUAUCAAAAAACAAAAGGAGCACCUCGAACUAAUGAAGAUCAAAGAAAAAGAGGAAAUCAAUCGCUUUCGAAAAUAUGCUCAAGAAAGAAUUGAUCGAUUUUCCAAGGAUGAGCGACGAUACAUCGAAUUUCAACCAAUGGACAAAGUUUACAGGAGCAUAAUACAUGAGGUAGCUGAAGUGGGGGGGCUUGUAGCUAUAAGUUUUGGAAUCGAAGGUCAUGACCGAUACUCAGUUGUCUACAAACGAGAGUACACACCUUCAGAAGAUGAAGUUAAAGCGAGACGAAAUGGCGCUCAUUGGAACGAAAGAACAGCCAAGGAAUACGCUAAAAUGAGAUUAGAACAAAAACAGAUAGAAGUUGAAAGAAGACAAUCUCCGGAAAAAAUUAAUCCCACAACAAACUACAAAGACAAGUAUGCUCAUUUAAUUGGUCAAGAGGCAGCACUGGAAGCCGCCAGAAAAACCGAGACAAAUGAAUCUUAUGGAUUCGUGCCCAGCAAAAAUAAAAAAGAUUUAAGAUCAAUAGAGCAGACAAUGGCUGAUAUACAGGCUAAAAAACGUCUUAAAAUAGAAGUUGAGAAUGGAAUUAAUAAAUAAAACUGCAUUUUACGCAGUUACUGUUGGAUAUAUAUAAAAUAUAAUAAUACCAAAUAAAUUUAUAUACAUAAUGUAUAAUGAAAGCAAUAACAAAACAAUUGGAUUUCUCCAAAACUAAAUAACAGAAAUGGCAGUGAUUAUAAAAAAAAUAUCAAAUCAUUGGUACAAAACGAUUAAAUAUACGUAUAGAUAAUAAAUAAAAUAAUUUCGA